GCCUCGUGAAGUAAUUGCGAGGCGAUGUUUGUAAUUGUUAUUUUCUUAUUUUCAUUCAAUGUUCCGAAGUAAAAAUGAUUAAAAUUUGAUUAAAUAGCCUUAAAUUUCUAACAGAUUGCCCGCAGUGUCCGCUGUGAACUCCCUGGACAGAUUCUGAUAUUAGGUUCAAGUGAUCCCCCAUGUGCACGGAAUAGGCAUUCACGUGGUCGUUAAUCAUGUCUCUCAAGUAUGUUCUAUUUGAACAUGCUGCCGGUUAUGGCUUAUUCAAAAUCAAGGAGUUUGAAGAAAUUGGAGCAUUGCUACCUCAAGUUGAAGAAUCGGUGACGGAUCUCAGUCGGUUCAAUCAAAUCGUCUCACUUGUCACUUUCUCUCCCUUCAAAACUGCUGUGACAGCCCUCUCAAACAUUAAUAGCAUCUCUGAAGGUGUCCUUCCCGAGGAUUUGCAAACUUUCCUAGAAUUUCAGUUUCCUAAGGCAAGUAAGAGGCCGAAAGUAAACCUUGGAGUCAGUGAUGCCAAGCUAGGUGCUGCUAUCACUGAAGCAACUAACAUUACUUGCUCAGUAACUGGCGCUGUCCCAGAAAUUUUGAGAGGAAUCCGUUUGCAUUUUCCGAAAUUAGUGAAAGGUUUCACGGAUCAAACAUCUGGCGUUGCUCAGCUAGGUUUGGGUCAUAGUUAUUCCAGAGCCAAGGUUAAGUUCAAUGUUAAUCGAGUAGAUAACAUGAUUAUCCAAAGUAUUGCAUUGUUAGAUCAGUUGGACAAAGACAUCAAUACUUUUGCCAUGAGGAUAAGAGAAUGGUACUCCUACCAUUUCCCAGAACUCAUCAAGAUAGUGCCAGACAACUACCUUUAUGCUCGUGUCACAAAGUUCAUCAAAAACCGUAAAGAGUUGACGGAGGAGAAACUUCCAGAACUUGAAGAAAUAGUCAUGGACUCAGGGAAAGCGCAAGCCAUCUUAGAAGCUGCUAGGCAUUCAAUGGGUAUGGAUAUCUCGCCUGUAGAUCUUAUAAAUAUUGAAACUUUUGCAAGCCGAGUAACAGCACUUUCUGACUACCGGAAGAACCUUCACACUUACCUCAACAACAAAAUGUCCAAUAUUGCACCUAAUCUGAGCACACUAAUCGGUGAACAAGUCGGUGCUCGUCUGAUUUCUCAUGCAGGUUCCUUGACCAAUCUUGCCAAGUACCCUGCUUCAACAGUUCAAAUUCUUGGUGCUGAAAAAGCUCUCUUCAGAGCAUUGAAGACUAAAAGUAACACGCCUAAGUAUGGUUUACUUUUCCAUUCAUCAUUUAUUGGACGUGCUGGGACAGCUAAUAAAGGAAGGAUCUCAAGAUUCUUGGCCAACAAGUGUGCUAUUGCAUCACGAUUGGAUUCCUUUUCUGAUACACCUUCCAACAUAUUCGGAGAAAAACUCAAGCAGCAAGUGGAAGACCGACUCAAAUUUUACGAGACUGGUGAAAAGCCGCCUAAAAAUGUUGAUGUUAUGAAAGAAGCUGUCGAAGAAUUUAAAACUUUCCAAGAGAAUCAAGAAUCCGAAACCCCAAAAAAGAAGAAGAAAAAAGACAAAAAACGAAAAUCAGAACAAGUGGUUGAAGCUGUCGAAACGAAUGGAACAAAUAACGAUGAAGAAACUGCUGAGCCACCCAAAAAGAAGAAAAAGAAGAAGAAGGGAGAAAUGAAUGGAACCGCAGAUGAAAGUGUUAACUUUAUGCAAAAUGACGAAGAAAUGACAAAUGGGGAGGAAGCUAGUAGCCCUGCCAAGAAGAAGAAGAAAAAGAAUAAGCAAGGAUCAGUUGCUGUAGAAGAGAAUGAAGAAAAUGAAGUUGUUGAGGCUGCAUCCCCGAAGAAGAAAAAGAAGAAGAAGAAGAGUGCAGGCCUUGAAGAUGUAAUGAGCUGAUGUGCUAGUUGCAAAAUCAUACAUUGAAAACUUGGCAAACACGGAUUCCAGCAAACAAAAACCACUGACCGAACGGGAAAAAUUAAUGAAACACUUGGAGCUUGUUCAAUCCACCAUCAGCGAGAAGAAGAAAAAAAAAGUGUGAACUCAUGAAAAGAAAUGAUGUUCUUAAUUAAGUUUUUUAGUAGUUAGACUUUCCUUGUCCCCCUCAGUUUCUCAUUUUUUCCAUUUCAUUGAUAAUAUGUAUAAGCAUACAUACAAGCAUUUUUCAGAAGUAACUUUUCUGUGUUUUUCGAGAGAAACUGUUGAAUUGUACAAUUAUAUUUUAUUUCUUAUCUAAUAA